AUGGAUUAAAAGUAAGAUUAUGCAAACACCAUUCUGACUCAAUUAGAGUCUACAGAAACCUUAAACUCUUUGGAAAUAGCCAAAUCUUUGUCUAUUAAUCAUUAAGAUCUAGUUGGAUGUCUGUUGCAAUUAGAAUCUGCCAAUUAUAUUAAGACAGAAGUAAAAAGAAUCAUAAUAAUAAAUAGGGAUUAAAAUAGGAUUAAAUAAUCUUAACUGAUGAAGGAAAUACAAUAUUAAAUUCUUAAUCAGGAGAAUAUGAAAUCUAUUAGAAAAUACCAGAAUUAGGAAUCUCAAUGGUAGAUUUAUAAAAGUUAUUUGGAAUUGAAUAAGUUUAAAAAGUGAAAUAAGAAUAAGGAGAGAAAAAAGAAAAAUAAGUUGAAGAUCCAAAAAAAAAGUAAUUUGACUUAGGUUUUGGUAAUGCUAAGAAAAUGGGCUAUAUCAAAAUGGAUAAAGGGCUUAUAACUAAAGUUGCUAAUGAUUUACCUGAUAAAAUUAAAUUGGAAUUAUAAUAAUUAAACACUAUCAAAUUAGGCUCAUAAUAAGCAAAAUUAUUAAUUGAAAGGAAACUUGCCAUGAUUUAAACUAUUAAAUAUUUUGAAAUAAAAAAAGGCAUUAAAUAUGCUAACAAAUUCAGAGAAUAAUUUGCAGCUUUAACUACAGAGUAAUUAUUAAAUGGAGAAUGGAAAGAGUGUGAUUAUAAAAGCAUUAAUUUAAAUGCUGAAGGUGAAAAGAGUAAUAAUUCUUAUUUUAUAAUAAUAGUUUCUAUGGGUAAUUUGCAUCCUUUAUUGAAAGUAAGGAAAUAGUUUUCAUAAAUAUUGAUUGGAUUAGGAUUUGAAGAAAUGCCAACAAAUCAAUUUGUAGAAUCUUCUUUCUGGAAUUUUGAUGCUCUAUUUUAACCAUAAAAACAUCCAGCAAGAGAUGCUCAUGAUACUUUCUUUUGCAGUGACCCAGAAUUAAGUNUAUUUACAUUUAGUUCUAUUCUCCAAGAAAAACUCUUUUGAA